UAGAAACGAUCGGAGGGUAUACUACGACGCACUCUGGUAUGGUGAUGAACUUCAAGGUGUUUAAGAAGUGUUCACCAAAUGACAAGAUCGCUCUGUACCUCGGUAAGAGGGACUACAUCGAUUAUUUAUCUGGAAUCGAGCCAGUGGAUGGCGUCAUACUGCUGGAUCAGAACUACAUCGACACCGGCCGAAAGAUAUGGGGACAGCUGAUCUGCAGCUUUCGCUACGGCAGAGAGGAGGACGAGGUAAUGGGUCUGAACUUCCAAAAGGAUCUUUACCUAGUCUCCCAGCAGCUCUUCCCAACCAUUCAAAAGCCAGAAGAUAACCUGACGAGAUUACAAGAACGAUUACUAAGGAAACUAGGUCCGAAUGCUGUUCCGUUCACCUUCAAGAUCCCCCAAAGCGCUCCAUCCAGCGUGACCCUACAGCCAGGUGAGGACGAAACGGGCGAACCUUGCGGUGUCAGCUACUAUGUCAAGAUUUAUUCCGGCGACACUGAAACUGACAUCACCCAUAAACGCAGCACGGUGACGAUGGGCAUCAGGAAGAUCCAGUAUGCGCCUACGAAACAGGGUCGUCAGCCGUGCACCGUGGUGCGAAAGGACUUUCUACUGAGUCCCGGCGAUCUAGAGCUCGAGGUGACUCUGGACAAGCAACUGUACCAUCACGGCGAGAGGAUAGCCGUGAACGUGUGCGUGAAGAACAACAGCAACAAGGUGGUCAAGAAGAUGAAAGCGCUGGUCCAACAAGGUAUCGACGUGGUGAUCUUCCAGAACGGUCAAUUUCGGACGGUGAUCGACGCGGUCGAGUCGCAGGACGGCUGCCCGAUAAAUCCCGGCUCGAACUUGCAGAAGGUGAUCUAUUUGAAACCAGACCUGGAGAACAACAAGAACCGUCGGGGCAUCGCUCUGGAUGGCCGACUGAAGAGGGAAGAGAGCGAGCUGGCAUCCAGCACGUUGCUACUCUCGCCGGACGUGCGCGACUCCUUCGGCAUCGUGGUUUCCUAUGCUGUCAAGGUCAAGCUGUAUCUCGGGGCGCUAGGCGGAGAGCUGUCCGCCGAGCUGCCGUUCAUCCUGAUGCGGCCGAAGCCAACGGAUCGAAUCAAGGUGGUGAACGCCGACAACGUGGAGAUGGAGGACGUCGCGGACGAGACGGCGAAGCAGCCCAGCAGCUAGAUAGGGUCCCCACGGUGCACGUGACCAUUCGAGACUCCGACCCGGAGCUGGUUGGCUCGCGUUCAACUUUCAUACACGGGGACCUCUCGUGUUAGGCGAAUCGAAACACGUCGUGGUAUGGGUGUAAUAUUCUGGGAAUGUAUACGAAACCGCGGCGGCUCCGCGUAUUAUGUUGUUAACCCUUUCGAUGUUUAUGUCGAGUAUACUCGUCAUAGCUUAAAAAUAAUUAAGCACACAAGUGCACGUUUUCGAAAUGAAAUAAAGUACGUAAAGGGUUAAGAAUCGUCCGCGUAAUACUCCUGCGUCUCGACCUGACACGGUUCCUUCUGCGUUCACGGACCUGAGAGGAUUGAUCAGCGAUGUCGUCCCGAAUGGAGAUGGAACACAUUGACGAUACACGCGACUAAAACUAUAUCCUCUGUUCCCUGAAUCCCUCCUACAAUUUAGACAACCCGGGAA